UCUAUUCCAUAGUUUUUUUUUUUUUUUCUUUUCAAUUGUUUAUUUACAACAUCAAACAUCUCUUUCUCUCUCUCUUCCUGAGGAUGCCAGUUUCACAGCACUAUGGAUAUGGGGUUGGGGCCUCGGAUUUGUCAAAUGGGUUUAUGAGAUCAAGGAGUAGAAGGAAUAGGGCACCAAGAAUGCGUUGGACAACCACUCUUCAUGCCCGUUUUGUCCGUGCUGUAGAACUCCUUGGUGGCCAUGAAAGGGCUACUCCAAGGUCAGUUUUAGAGCUAAUGGAUGUCAAAGAUCUAACUCUUGCUCAUGUCAAGAGCCAUUUACAGAUGUAUCGAACUGUCAAGAACACUGAGAAACCUGCAGCUUCCUCAGAUGGAUCUGGAGAUGAAGAUUUCUUGAGCACAACACCAGCUCCACAUCAAAACGACAACUGUUCAAAAAGGAAGAUGUGAACAAAUACACAUUUUGAUUAAAAGGUUGGGAGAUGCCUAUGUUUUAGACGUAAAUGGGAUUGAGUUGGUGUGGAUAGUGCCCAACACCACGUGCUACAUUAAUUCUUCUUCAAUUCCUCGGUUGUGAUUUCAUAUGUAAUAUAAAUAUAAAGACAUAAAGAGUCCUAAUUAAAUGGUGCAGGUCUGCACGUGCAGCCAACU